CUCAGAGGGAGGGAGCUAUAUAAGCCACCCUCGCCUGCGCUCUCCCUGUGCGGCUGAGGCGGGUUUGGUGGCUCCCAGCUGGGCACAGGAGGAGAAGACGAAGAAGAAGGGGGCACUGUCCCUCGAGUCCUCCAGAAAUGAGUGACAUGGACUCGUACAAGGUACUGCUAGAUGGGCCAGCACCAUGGGGCUUCAGGCUGCAGGGUGGCAAGGACUUCAACAUGCCACUCUCCAUCUCCAGGCUCACACCUGGGGGUAAGGCAGCCCAGGCGGGUGUGGGAGUAGGUGACUGGGUGCUAAGCAUUGAUGGAGAGAACACCAGUACCAUGACCCAUAUUGAAGCGCAGAACAAGAUCCGUGCCUGCGGCGAUAAGCUUUCCCUCAGUUUAAGCAGAGUCCAGAACCUCCUAGGCAAACCUCAGAAGGAUGCACUUCCUUCCUCUGAGCCCCUGAAGUAUAACUUCGCUCCCAGUUCUGCCCUCAACAAAACAGCCCGGCCCUUUGGAGUUACUUCUGCUCCAAACUCUCAGCCUGGGCUGGUGACAAAACCUGUGCCAUACACCCCUUCUGCGUCCAGCUGCACCACACAGCAUAAUGGCCAGGUCUCCAUGCCGGAUCUGUCUUCGGUGCCAUCCUUGAAAGCGGAGCCUGGAUAUGGCUCUGCUGCUCCGAAGCCUGCACCUGUCUCAGGCCCUGCCAGUCGGCCACCCUGGGCUGUGGAUCCUUCCUUUGCUGAGCGAUAUGCCCCAGACAAAACCAGUACGGUGCUGAGCAAGCACAGCCAGCCGGCCACUCCAACACCUAUGCAGAACCGCAACUCCAUCGUCCAGGCUGCACAGCAAGCACCAGAGAGUGCCAGCAAAACCCCCAUCUGCUACCAGUGUAACAAGAUAAUCAGAGGGCGUUAUCUGGUGGCCCUGGGCCGCUAUUACCACCCCGAAGAGUUCACUUGCUCACAGUGCAGGAAGGUGCUAGAUGAGGGUGGCUUUUUUGAGGAGAAGGGCUCCAUCUUCUGCCCCAAGUGUUAUGACAUACGCUAUGCACCCAGCUGUGCCAAGUGCAAGAAGAAGAUUACAGGGGAAAUUAUGCAUGCCUUGAAGAUGACCUGGCACGUUCAGUGCUUUAUCUGUGCUGCCUGCAAGACACCCAUCCGCAAUCGUGCCUUCUACAUGGAAGAAGGGCAGCCUUACUGUGAAAGAGACUAUGAGAAGAUGUUUGGAACCAAGUGCCGUGGUUGUGACUUCAAGAUAGAUGCUGGUGAUCGCUUCCUUGAGGCACUGGGCUUCAGCUGGCAUGACACUUGUUUCGUCUGUGCGAUCUGCCAAAUCAACUUGGAAGGAAAGACUUUCUACUCCAAAAAGGACAAGCCCCUGUGCAAGAGCCAUGCUUUUUCCCAUGUUUGAGAGAGAUGGAAAUGGAUUGGAGAGGAGAAAACCUGACUGCCCAAGUGCUGCCUGCCCUAGCCCUGCAUCCUUCCUUCCCCACACCUCAUCUUGAGAGAGAGAGACCACAGUGGGCCCAGACCCCUCACUAGACAAUCAUUCCCACUGCGGAUACAACACGGUUGUACUUGAGGAGGAUUCAGUUACAUGGAUUGAGACCAUUGCCUGUCUUUAUCUUUCUUUACUUUUUUAAACAUAGAAUUCUAUUCUACAUGGUCACUCAGUGAUGGGGCAGGAUCACUAGCAAAUCCUCCCAUGCUGGGAAGCCAUAGUGUCAUUAGUGAGAAGGACUUGCCCAUACCUCUGUUGUUCUUGUGCCAGCUGCAGCCAAAGAAGGGAGAGGCCUAGGAAUUUUACUCCCUAGUGGAACAAUCCCAAAUGUUAGUACUGUUCUGAAGAUACCUGGCCUUCCCUAGUUUUCAUUAUCUCCAGUGUGUGUGAAUGCUUGCUGUGAAGUCCUUGGGGGACAACAGCUUUUCCUAAAAUCUGUCAGAGUACAGCUUGUUCUUGCUGCUCCCUGUGUCCUUUGCAAUGCAGCUACUCAAGAAAGCAUUGCAAAACAUUCCUGCAAUCCAGACUGGAUCAGUGGUGCACCAGUCUCUCUUGCCUUUUGUUCAUAUUUUCACAUUUAGCAGGAGCCCACUCCAAACAUACUAGCAAAAUUGCUUUUUACAAAGUCUUUCAAUGAAACACAAAGUUUUCUCCAAGACUUCUACUUUGGUAACAAUAGCGUUUACAGACUAAGAAGACCCCAACCCCAGGGAGAAAUUACCUGUUGCUAGGGUAAAAGCACUGUGCUGCAUGUUGCAACAGGCCAAGUAAAAAUGAUGCUAAAAUGCCAUGGAGAACAGAGGCAUUGCCAGUGCCAGCUUCUUCUCAUCAGCCAAAACUGCUUCUCCCUCACAGUGACAUGAAGAUGCAAUCAUUCCCCAGUACACAGUGUGCAUCUGCCAGUAGCUCACAACCCCUGGGCCAGAACUGACCCCAAAGCAUCCUUACCAAAGAGUCAUUAUUUCUGUUAUGAUCAAAGUGUGUUUCCCAGAACCAUCCUGUCUGGCUGGGAGUCUGUAAUUCUUUCACUGCAGUGAUGACUUCCUUCAGUGCCUAAUAAAAUAUGUCUUUUAAUCCUUU